AUGGCUGUUGCAGCUCUUGCUCAUGUUUUUGUCUUCUCUGCGGAACCCUAUCAUUUCUUGCCAGCUUCUGAGUACGGGAAGGUCACUACCCAAACAACCAAAGCAAUGCUGAAGAUAGAGGACAGCAAUGAAGAAAAACCACCGUCUGUGCUUGAAAAGACAGAAACUAAGGUUGAAGCACCUGGAACAAGUGUCAAAGAGAGUGUUCAGGACAUUGUACUUGAAGGAGGUCAACAUGUUGUCAAGGAUGUUGUGUUGACCAUAAAUCAGGCAAUUGAACCUGUAGAAAAGGGUGUGGCUAAGAUUCAGGAGACUUUCCACCAUAUAUCAAUGUCUUCUGGGGACCACGAUGAAGAACAAAUACUAGAGGUUGAUGAACAUGAAGAAGCUCGUACGGAAAAUGGAUCUGAAGUAUUGAUUUGCAAAGACAAGUUAAUUAGUGAAUCAAAGCCACAAAAAGGGGAGGUGAAGACACGCCGAAAACCACAAAAGUGA